AUGCCUUUGGUAUCACUCGAAAGACUUCUAGUACUCGUCGCGUUCAUCUCGGGUACUAUAACAGCCGCACGCCCGUCAGAGUGGAAUAAAAGGCAAAGUGAUACUACCUCAGCUAACCCCAACGAUGCACUUCCAGGAUGGACCUUUGUCGGUUGCUUCUCAGAUGUGAAUCACGGCACGGUUCUGAUAGGACAGUCCUUUGCCGACGAAACGAAUAUGAGUCCGGCGCUUUGCACUGCAUUCUGUGGGGGGAACUCUAGCACGCCAUUUAAUUUCGCUGGGAUCGAACACGGUGAUCAAUGCUUCUGCGACUUCAGCAUCCAAGGUAUACCUAUUCAAGUCAACGAGACAAUAUGCAAUCUCCCGUGUACGGGAGAUAGCACGCUUGUAUGUGGCGGCGAGCUUCUUCUUAGUGUAUACCAAAACACCAAUGAGGGCGUGGGCCCGCUCCCUACGCAUAAAGCCACCAUUGGCGAGUUCGUCUUUGCUGGAUGUUUAAGGGAUACAGAUGGGACGGACAUCAGGACGCUGUCUACGCCGCUCAGUAUGGAGGAUCUUCCGGAUGGCGUCACAGCUGAGCUGUGCACGUCAACGUGCCUUGAGAGGGGGUUCACAAUGGCCGGUAUGGAAAUCGGCCGCGAGUGCUGGUGCAGCAACGACAUCGACGUCCCGCUAGGCUUGAUCAUCGCCCCAAUAGAAGAAUGCUCGCUUGCAUGCGACGCAGAUCCCACUGAACUCUGCGGCGCGCCCAAGAGGCUGUCGAUGUACACUGUCCCGCUACCGCCACCUGGAGAGGCGACGCAGCUGACGCCGGUCAGCCCCGCGGCGACGGGCGUCUGUGUGUCUGUUUCAUCUUCCGCUUCUGCUUCUACGAGUGUUAUUGCUAUUAGCAGUGUUUCUGCUGCUACUACUGCUGCCACUACCAGCUCUGAAUCGUCGGCUCCUGCUUCUAGUCUGUCUACCGGUACGACGACAGUCGACACCUCCAGCCCGACAUCUACCAGUGCCAGUGCCAGCGCUAGUAGCGCCACAUCAAUCGCACCAGGCACGCCAACGUCAGGUGUCCCACCGCACAGACCUAACUUUACAAGCAUUAGCAGUAUCACUACAUCAUAA